AUGUCGCAAACAGAUUCGGUGUCUGUUUUCGCGGAAGGGACUUUCGAAGAGCAGGUUCAAGAAUUGGUAAAUUAUUUGGUCAGAAAUCAGCCAGAUGAAGAACGCGCAGCUUCCAUCCGUCCGUUCCAAGAAGCUCUUGCUAGUACAGAGGGACAAAAGCCAUUAUCCGAAGAUGUAGAGAGGCGAAGAAAGAUCUUCUUGAUGAUCUUAACCUCGAUUACGGGUCUGGGUCAUGGCCAGGAAAAAGAGAUCGAAGGGUUUUUCAAUCUUAUCUACGCCCACUUAUUCUCUCUAUUUUCUCCAUCCAGCCAAGAGGCAAAACAACACCUUGAUACUUUGCUUAAAGUGAUAUCUUCAGCGCCCUCAGAACAGACCACGAUCAAGUACCGGAUACUUUCCAAUCUGUUUAACGCUCUUCCUCGGAACUCAUCGCUGAGGUUGUCAGUGUAUAACACCAUCCUCCAAAUCGCCGUCGCCGACGACUCAAUAAACGCACUUCAUCUAUCGCGUUCCGAUGUUGAAAAAUGGACCAAUGAGUGGGAUAUCUCUCCCGAAGAUAAAAGUGCUUUCUUAGAGGGAAUUGUCGAUGCCUAUGCGAAAUCAAAUCAACUUACCCAGUCAUAUGACUAUUCCCUCAUCUACCUUCGCUCCCUACCUUCUCCGUCUGAGGCCGCAAGAGACACAUCUAUAAAAGUCAUUGCUUCUGCACUCCGCAUCCCCUCCAUCUUUGACUUUGACGCCCUUUUCAAAAUUGACGCAGUCGUAGCCAACAAAGACCAUGAGUUGUUCUCCCUUCUCCAGGUCUUUUUGAACAAUGGACUCUCAGAAUUCAAAUCAUGGGAGGCAUCUCAUGCUGGUGUACUUGAGAAAUAUGACCUUGGUCGUGCACAGCUGGAACGCAAGAUCCGACUUCUUACCCUUGCAUCGCUGGGCUUCAAAAAUAUUGGAACAAAUUUACCUUAUGCUAAAAUUGCCGAAGCUAUCCAGGUAGAUGCUUCUGAAGUAGAAAAAUGGGUUAUCGAUAUUAUCCGUACUGGCUUACUGUCGGGAAAACUUUCCCAAACUACUCAAACUUUAUAUGUCACCCGUUCAACUGCUCGUUCAUUCGAGCGUGAGCAGUGGCAAGCUCUGGAGCAACGUCUAUCGUCUUGGAAGGCAGGGUUGAGUAGUGUUUUGGAGGUCGUUGCAAGUGCAAAAAGACAAGGUGGACAUACAUCACAGACUGUAGCAGCUGCAGCCGUAUGA